CUCUCUCUCUCUAAUUCUCUUCUUAUUCUGUUCUUUGUUUCUUAUUUCGUCGAUGAGGCCUGUAGACAAGCAUCACCACCUCGAUAGGCCAUACAACUUCUACUCUCAUGCUCGAGAUGAGAAGGGGGAUCCGCUGAAGCCGCCACCAAAAGGGUGGAUGGGCAUAAGGGUGGGGAUGGAAGGGGAGGAGGAGAAGCAACGAUUCGUGGUGCCGGUGGAGUACUUGAAGCAUCCGCUCUUCGUGGGGCUUCUCAAGGAUGCGGAGAGGGAGUACGGAUUCGACCACCCAGGGGCCAUCACCAUCCCCUGCCACGUCGAACGCUUCCAAUAUGUCCGAGGCAUCAUCGACCUUGAUUUUAGUGUUGCUGUUCAAGCCCAUCGCCAACAUUACCACCGCAACCACCCUCGCCUGGCCCACUUCGCUAGGUGCUUCAGGGCUUGAUGGCAAGAAUUGUGGAAAGUUCACAGGGUUUAUAUGUUUUUACUUUUGUUUUCGAAAUUGAUAGAGAUAUGAUGAUGAUAUUUUAUAAUAGGCAGUUAACAGUAAAAUUCUCUCUAUAUAUAUUUUUUUUCCUUUGAGUAUAGAUACCAUUCAGUCAGCUACACUAUUAGUUUUCGUAUAGAUAUGAAAAAUCUCAAUAAAAU